UAUGCAAAAAGGUGACUAAUCGAAUGAAUUCUUCAUCAUUAUAGAUGGAAGUGUGAAUGUUUAUGUACGUAAGAAAUAAGAGAGAAUCCAAGCAGAGAUAGAGUUAGAAGAAAACCAACUGAAAAAUCUAAAUGAAGAAGAGUUAGAAAAACAUCCUAGCAAUAUAAUAAAAAUGUAUUAGGCACCAAAACAAUUAAUUAGAAGAUUGACUAUUAAUAUAAAAGAAGAUGAUUUUGAACAGUAUAGAAAUAAAUAAUAAAAAUAUAUAGGAUAUCUAAAUCAUAUAAACCACGAUUAGUAGUUUAAACUGAUCGUUAAGAUAUUAAACAUAAAGAUACAGAUUUAAUAAAAAAGUUAACCUUUGGUCUUGAAAAGAUUCCUGAUAAAGAUUUUCUCUUUAAUGGAGGAGUAUUUUUACAUGAAUUAGUAGCUUAAAUACAUGAAGGUUAAAUGUUUGGAGAAAGAGGAUUGAUGAUUGAAUCUGCAAGAACUGGUACUGUUAUUUCAAGAACUCCUUUGUGUGUAGCUGUAUUAACUAAAAAAGAUUAUAAAACAAUAUUAGAAGAUAGUCAGUUAGGUAUUAUUUAUAUGUAUUAAAGAAAAAAUAAGAAAAAAAACUAAAAUACUUAGUAUUACUAUUUUAAAAAAUUUAACAUAUAAAGAAGCAGUAGAAAGUUAAUAUAAAUUUGAAAAGGUUCAUUAUCCUAUUAGUCAUUAUAUUUAUAGAAUUGGAGAUGUACCUUAAUCUUUAAUUGUUAUCAAAAAAGGAACUGUUAAAUUAUUUAAAAAAUAAAAUAAUAUAUUAUUCCCAUUAUGUGAAUUAGGAUAAGAUUAAUAUUUUGGUGAAGUAGAAUAUUUUGAAGAUUCUUAAAGAAUUCAUACUGCUUAAGUUACAUCACAAGAGUUUUCAGCUUAUUUAAUCACUUAUCAAGAUUUGGCAAAAUUAUUUACUAAUUAUCCAUAAUGUGAAAGAUUAGUAAGAAAACAUUAUGAAUAAAGGCAUUAAAUUAAUAAUUAAAGAAUUAAUAAAAAUUUAAAAACACAUAAAAAAUUUAGCUAUUCUGAAGAAUUUUCAUAAGAUCUCAAAAAUUUCUCAAAAAAUUAAUCUUAACCAUAAUUAGAAAUUAUUAUACCAAAUGAUACUUAAACUUAAAAUGAUUUUAAGUUUAAAGAUAAAGCACAAUAAUAUUCUAUUUAAAAAUCUAAAUAUCAAUUAAGUUAAAUGGAUUUUAUUUAAUCAACUUAGAAAAAACUUAAAGCUAUAAGAAGAGUAUAAAAAAGUGAACAAAAAAAGUAAAAAAAAUUAUUUAUUUAGAGCUUAAAUGGAAAAAGAAUAAAGUUUAGCAGAUACUUUAAAUCAUUUAGAAGUUUAAUCUUAAUUAAUUCGAAAGGAAUUUAGAAGAAAUGAGUAACGUAGAUUUAGUUGUAUUACUUUUGAUAAAGAAUCUUAAAAUUGUAUAACUUAAUUUUAAUAACCAUUCUCAAAAACAUCACAAGGUACAAGACUUGAUCGUUAAAGCAGCAUUUCUCAUUAAAUCAAAUAUUAAAAUAUAACUGAAUAAAUGCUAUUUAAUACUAAACUUCAAUAAUAUGAGAUUCUCGAAGAAUAAUAAAGAGAUAUUAAGACACCUUCAUAAUCAGGAGUGAUGAUUUCCUCUAAACAUAAUCUCUUUAGAACAAAACCUAAGAAAAUCUUUCUGAUGAAUCAUUAUGAGAGAAGACAACCAAAGACUUACAGCACUGAAUUAUCUAUUAAAACAUUUUUUAAUUGA